AUGUCUAUUCUCGCAUUCGUAUUAGCAACAAUAAUACUUGAUAUAGAAAUAAUUCUGUUGCAUCUCAUUACAAGUUUGACAUAUGACUACAUGAUUGUUACAUAUUCGGUAGCAUUAGUAAUAUCUGGAAUUAUUUCAACAAUGUAUUUUAUCAGGAAAAUUAAGAAAAUUAAAAAAAAUUUGACUAGGAAUGAAGAAAUCAUAGAUAUUGAAGAAUAUUUUAUGAAUUUAGGAAUAGCUGAUAAUACUUUAAUUGCAAUGGAAUAUAUUAUUGUUGGCUUGACUCAAAUAUGCAACUUAUUUACUGAUGGAACGCUGACAGAUUUUCUUAUCAAUAACUCGGACUUACAUAGUAUCAACUCAAUACUAUUGCAAGUUCUAACAUUCUUCCCAUCAGAAUCAAGAAAAAUGGAUAUAUUAUUUAAGAAACUCUGCACAAAAAGGAAAUUAACAUUAUCAGAAAGAUUUUUAAUUUAUCAGGUUGCCAGAAUCAAAACAAGAAGAUUGAUCACAGAUACAAAAUCAACUUUGGAAGUGUAUUCAAAAAUGAAGUUACGAAAUGAUGAAUGUAAGGAAAUGAUUAAAUCAUUUUGGGAUUUACCAACUUGUAAAUUAUCAUUUUUGUCAGCAAUAAAUAGGCAAAUUGAUGAUUUAGAUUCAUACUUUAAUAAUUCACUUCAAGAAAAUCCAAAUAAUUUAAUAAUGACAAGUGAAUAUGCAGACUUUUUAGUUGAAUGUGUUGCUGACUUUGACAAGGCAAUUUAUGAAAAAGUUAGAGGAGAAUAUAUCCAAAAUGGAACAAACUUCAAUGUCGAUACAAGUUUCAGAAGCUUGGUAAAUCAUUUCCCUGAUUAUUUGAUAAAAGGAAUUGUUGAUCCCAAAGGAAGAAUGAUUCGUAGAGAAAUUCAGAACCCAAGCAAAACAGAUAGUGAUAAAACAUCCGGAUCAAGCGGAUCUGGAUCGAGUGGUUCUUCAAAAGGUACUGCAAAUUCUUCCAUAUCUAUUGAUCAUGAAUUGCAAGAUAUGAUUUGUAAGAAAAUUAUAAGAGAUAGUAGAGUAAGAUUGGCAUUUCACAGGAGCAUUCAACACAUGCAGCCAAAACAAAUGUAUCAAAUAAUGAUAUUUUCAUUUUUCAUAUUUUUCAUUGCAGUUUCUUUCUUUAUUGCUUCAUAUCUGCAUUUAACAGAAAACCUGAAAUGGAGAAGGUCAUCAUACAAAGAUUUUAGAUUGAUGGCUUUAGCUUUAGAUAAAACAUAUAAUGCAGCUUUCCUACUCACUUUAGAUUGGGCAGCCAAGCAUGGAAGAUAUGAUAAGAAUGUUACAUCAUUAGGAAAUAUAUCAAUAGAUGACAUGGAUACAAAUGUAAUUGUAAGGGAAAAUAAGUCAGCAGUAUUCAGAUUAAUAUCUUAUCAAGAAGCAAGAGCAGCACAGACAUUUAUGAAAGGACUCUUAGAUAACAUUGCAAUUUUAGCAGCUGGGGAAUAUGUUCAAGAAAUUGUUCCUAAUCUCAUGGGUUAUACAUCGGUCGUCAAACUAUGUUCUAAAUCUAAUGUAACUCAUUCAUAUCCUACGAAUAUAAAAGAUCAAUUUACGCUUGUGCAAUUUUUGAUUAUGGAUCUUGCAGGUGAAUUUCACAUGAACAAAGAUAUCCCAAAUAUCUAUAAAAAUGAUUUAUAUUGCCAACUGCUAGAAAAUUCAAUAACAAUGUCAGAUAAGUCAGAAGAAACAGUCCAGAGAAUAUUAGAAUUCAACAUCAAAAGGGCAAAUAAGAACGAGAAUGAUGCCAAAUUAUGGCUAUAUGUUGGAGUUGGAAGUUUGUUUGUUUUAUCUAUCUUUCCAAUGAUAGUAAUUUUAGCCAGCUAUUAUAGGUUCGUAAACAAGACUAUCAGAUUGUUAUUAUUAUUGCCACAAAAUGUUAAAGAUGAUGCAAAGAAACCAUUAAUGAUUGAACAUAAUGAAACGUUGUUUUCAACAGCAAAUUUGUCAAAGAAAUCUUUAAUUAUGGAGUUAUCAAUUGUCGCUUACUUUAUUGGUGCGUUUGGAUUAAUUGCAAUAUAUGGCUACUCAGUAUAUAAUGUUUUAGACUUCAAUGAUGAUAUCACAUCACUGCUGAAAUGGUAUUAUUUAUCUGCUUUGAGAAAUGUUGCUGUUUCCGAAGUAAGAUCAGAUCUAAUUCAUGUUGUCAUGCUAAAUGGAUCAUUACCAAAUAAUUUUAUAACAGCAGAUUCAAUUUCAGAUGAAUUAAAACAUCAUAUUGAUUUAGUUAAGAAAACAAAUGACUUGAUUGUUAAUGGAGAUGAGGAUUUUCCCAAAUUAGUUGGCUAUGAUGAGAAGUAUGAUAAUAUUCAAUUUAAUAAUCUUUGUGAUCUUGGACGAGAUCCAAAAUCAAUUCAUGAUUCAUAUGCUUGCAACGGUGUUCAACAGCAGCUUUCAUUCCUUGAAAGUGGAAUUCGGGACAUUAUAAAUGAUCCUAGCGUAUUUGAAGGAUCAGUAUCUGACGAAUUACCAACAAAUAUUAUUCAUCUUUUGAACUCUCAUUUCCAUCCAAUCUCUGUUCAAGCAGCGAUCAGACUUAGAGAUCUUUUGGAAGAGAGAUUUGACGGAGGAAUGAAGGUUCAAUUAAUAUUGUUGAUUGUAGGAAUUGGAUUAUCGAUUAAUAUCUUUGUUUUGCCUUGGUUUAUCAGAUCGAUAAUGAAUGAAGAUUACAGAUUAUUCCUCAUGUUUUUCAGGCAUUUACAGCCUCAAGUUAUUUUGGAUACUCAUGAAAUAAUUGAUUUCGUCAGAGGAACAACAAGAAAACAUCAUAAAGAAGAAAUGACAAUUUCAAAAUCAAUUGUUUAUAACGCAAAAGAAUGCAUCGUUGUAACAAAUCAUAGUGGUAUCAUUGAUAUUGUUAAUCAAUCAGUAACUGAUAAUCUUAGUUUAACUCCUGAUCAAAUUCUUGGUCAGAGUAUCAUCAAUAUUAUUUCUCAAAGAGAUCAAGAAAGACUUAAUUCUCAAAUGCAGUUAAUGAUCGCUGGACAAGGACCAAAAUAUUGGCAAGAUCACAUAAUGCUUGUCAAUGAUAAUGCUGAUGAAGUUCCAUUUGCAGUUACGAUGAUUGGAAUGAGAGAUAAAGAAGAAUCAGAAGAAAUUGCAUCAAUUGUUUUUAUUCUUGAAAAUGAAGUUGAAAAGAUAAAGAAAGAAAAACUUGCAGAAGAAUCAAAGCAAAAGUCAGAAAAAUUACUUUAUCAAAUAAUGCCGAAGGAUAUUGUUGUCAGAUUGAAUCGUGGUGAAACUGAUAUAACAUUCAUUAUAAAUUCUGCAACAAUCUUCUUCAUUGAUAUUGUGAAGUUCUCUCAUUACUCAUCAACUUUAACUCCUUCAGAAAUUAUGUCAAAUUUGAGUUUAGUUUUCGAAAAUUUUGAUAGAAAUGUAGCUGAGUUUGAAACAAUUACAAAGAUCAAACUUAUUGGAGAUGUUUAUAUGGCAGCUGCAGGAUUAUUUAAUAAUUCAGAGGACAACUCUAUUAAUCACGCAGAAGAUGCUGUUAAAUGUUGUAUACAAUGUGCAAAAUUGAUGGAAGAUAUCAAUCUAAAAUUGAAUUCUUCUCUCGAAGUAAGAAUUGGUUGUAACUCAGGAGGUCCAUUAAUUGGUGGAGUUUUAGGUUCGGAUAAACCUGCCUUCGAUAUUAUUGGAGAUCCCAUUAAUAUCGCAGCUAGAUUACAAUCAACAGAUAUUCCAGGAAAUGUCCAAAUAUCAGAAACAACAAAGGAAAUGAUUCAAUCAUUCGAUUUCGAAAUUGAAGAAAGAGGAAUGAUAUAUUUGAAAGGAAAGGGUGAAAGAAAGACAUAUUUUGUUUCACUCAAGAAUCAAUCAAAUCUUGAUUCAUCUUUUGCAUUAAGCCUGCAAAAAUAA